AAACACCCUCACAGAAGCUGCAGAGGCGGCGGGCUUGGUUCUGAUUCCAGCCUGUCACACUUUGGCCCGGCUGCUUAGCAACAGGCACACCCCCUUUAAAUCCGACAUACCAGGUGCCGUGCCCAUUGGCUGGCGUGCCGUUUGCAUCAUCCCUGCAUCGCAAAACGGCCCUGGGGCAAAGAUCCUGUUGGCCUGGAGGCCUUCUCGGGACUCUUCUCCUCCCUCGGAUAUUCCAUUCCUCCGUCUACCCUGGGCCUUGGACCAUUUUUCAGACUUCUGGGAAUAUGAAUAUAUGAGAACAGUUUCUGUCUGGAUCCCCUAUCUUUACCGUUGUUCCGGAUUUCGUUUUAGCCGAACAGUGCUUGGAUUCCAUUCCUUUUUUUUUUUUUUUUUUCUUUAUUUUCCCGUAAAUUUACUGUAUACUUUAUAUUUUAUCGACGUGAUACAGAUACCAAUAUCCUUUGCGCCCCCGCUGCUGAGAAGCGGUCGAUAAACACCCCUCUACGAUCCAAUUCUCUAGCAGGCCUGCGUCUACGCUGCCUUUUACUGCUGGGCCCUAACGAGUACUCUUCACAAUAUGGUGUCCACUCUCUACGCCAGGAAACGCACUCGCCAGCUCUCUCCUAUGUCACCUCCGAUAGUUCCUUCGAAUCCACAGACCAUCAAGUCGAGUCUCAUCCCACCACUACCCAUGACUCCCCCAUACCCGGGCGUUGAUUCCGCAUCCUCGUCAUCACCCCAUCCAUCGUCCGUCGAUAUGGCAAUCCAUGUCAUUGCUACGGAACGGGCCGCCCUGGAAAACCUUGAGCGAGUCUAUAGCACCAACGAGCUGGCGCGGAAUAACAUGGAACGAGCUGUGGAACAGAUCGCCAACACUAUUAAUGCAGGAUCCAAGCUGAUUGUAUGUGGAGUGGGGAAAAGUGGUAAGAUCGGGGAAAAGGUCGUGGCUACAAUGAACAGUUUAGGGAUAUACUGCUCGUUCCUGCAUCCAACGGAAGCGCUACACGGAGACCUUGGCAUGGUGAGACCGACGGACACCGUCCUCUUUAUCACAUAUUCUGGCAAAACAUCUGAGCUACUGCUCGUUCUUCCACAUCUUCCCUCGACAACAUCUGUUAUUGUGAUAACAGCGUACAAACAGCCAUCAUCGUGUCCAUUACUAGCUGGUUCUAGUAAUGCCAACACGAUUCUACUUCCAUCGCCCAUCCAUGAACCAGAGGAAGUUUCGUUCGGUGUUUGUGCUCCUACAAGCUCGACCACCGUUGCACUGGCUGUUGGCGAUGCUUUGGCUCUCGCCGUGGCUCGACGACUUCAUACCACACCUGGAAGAGGGCCUGCUGAGGUUUUCAAGGGAUAUCACCCUGGUGGUGCUAUCGGAGCUGCUGCAGCUGCUGCCGCUUCGACAUCAAUAUCUGGGAGCUCAACACCCCUGACUUCUACAUCAACUACCCCUUCACAGUCGAUGUCCGUCAACGGCAUUCCAGACGAUCAUGAGUCAUCAUUACCACCUGCUGGCACAACUCUUUGUCGUUCAAUAACAGAUAUCAUGAUCCCGGCAGAGUUAAUCCCCACAGCAUCACCAAGGAACGGUUAUCCACUACGUGUUGUUGAUGUGAUGCGUGCGUCCCUUCGAGGCUCGACUUCCCAGCCUUGGGCUUUCAUACGGCCUGGCUACAUUGUUUCGCCCCGAAGGCUGCGGAGCAUGGUUGCGUGCAAUGACCCAGAAGAUAGUAUUGAAAAUGUUGACCGCGAUAUGUCGAUUGGACAUCAAAGUGAAGAAUGGGUACGCGUACCCAGUACAAGCACUGUUGACAAUGUCCGACAAACCCUGGACCGGCAAAAGCAAACAAACAUUGCAAGCCCGUCAAAUAUAGCCACGAAGCGAGAUUCAGAAGGAAACACAGUACACCGCAAACGACGUGUCAUCAGCGUCAUCAAUGAGAUGACCAACACGGUAGUUGGUUUUGCCGAAGAAGAAGAUUUAGAGCAAAGUGAGGACAUGUUCAAAUGA